AUGCUCAAGAAGAAGAAGGACCAGAAGCUCGAGCACAUGCGCGAGCUCGGGCGCGACCGCCUCACCAAAGGACUGCACUUCCUCCGCACUGCUGCCGCAGCGAACGCGACCGCUGCGGCGCUCGACAGCCGCAGCCGCAGCAGCGACGCCACACCAACAGUUCCGACCGCCGCUGUCGCCGAAGCCGAAGGCGCUCCGUCGAGCACUGCGCGCCGCCGCCUGACGUACGACGAACUGCUGACGCUCAGUAUGAAACUCACGCGGCAGAACAAAGUGCUGAGCGCGCAGUGCGAAAAGACGCAGCGACAGGCGGCGGCCGCGCAAGAAGAGCGUCCGGACCCGUUGCCGACGGUCGCGAGUGUGGAUCUGCUGGACCUGUCGCCCGUGGCGGCCACUGCGUCGCAGCGAGUGGGAGUCUCGACGGCGGACGGAGAGCAGCGACGGAGCGAAGCGGUGGACGCGCGCGAGACGAGUGGGGCGGAGCGGGAAGCCGAGCUGGAGGCAGCAGCGGGUUUGCUUGCUAGAGUGGAGCAGGAGAAGGCAGAGCUGGCAGAGAGACUGCAACGAGCCGAGACGGCUGCGUCUGCGAUGGCUGCCGAACUGGAGCGCGACGAGAGCAAGGACUUGCGUGCAGCACUAGCGACGCAGCAGGCUGCGUUGAAAGCAGCAGAGAUGGCCAAUGAACGGCUGCAGGAGCAGGUCCAGGCACUGCAACAGGCGCCUGACUCGGGGGAUGUCUAUGACGCGGAAGUGAAGGAGAAGGUGGCAGUUGCGUUGGAGGCGCAACGGAUGGAACUAGAGAUGACAAGGGCAGAGAGCGCACGUCUGCGGGAGCAGGUGACAGAGCUGCUUGCAGUGCCUUUGUCCGCUGACGCAACUGAGGCCGAAGUGAUGGAGAAGGUGGCAAUUGCGAUAGACACGCAAGCACUCGAGCUGGAAGCGACAAAAGCCGAGAAUGCACGUUUGCAGGAGCAAGUUGAAGCAUCGCGUCAGACGAUGGUGGCAUUGACUUCGGAAGCGCAGGACAGUGAUGCUCAAGACGUGACCGACUCGCUGCGUGCCGAAGUUGAUCGUUUGCGAGGUCUGCUGGAGGCAAAGGAUAGUAAAAGCAAAGAUUUGGAGCAAGAAGUUGCGGCACUUCGAGACUGCGCACAAAAGGUGCAAGAGGAAGCAAAAUGCUCGAGCAUUGCAGUCGAUACUGACUUGAUGCAGGAGCUGGAGCGAGUGAAACUAGAGACGGUGGAGCGUGAGCACGAGAAAGAGGCGCUGCAGGGAAAGCUGCAAGUUGCAGAAGAGCGCUUGGCCAAGAUAGACAGCGAGAGUGAAGCUACUCAGUCGCUCUUGGGGGCCCUGAAAGACGACACAAGUCGGCUUGCUGACCAGGUGGCUCAGUUGGAGCAAAAGCAAGCAGCUUCGGACGAGAAGAUUGUUGCGCUGACCGAAGCAAAAUGCGACCUCGAGAAGCAGCAGCAAGUUGCAUUGGAGGCUAAAGCGGCGAUCGAAACGCAGCUGGAAGAGGAGCGUGUAUACUGGACUUCAAAGCUGGAAAAUCUGAUCACUGCCAGCGACGCGGCAGACAUUAAGAACGAGGCGCUUGAUGCUCAGCUGCGGGAAAAGGAGAAGCAAGUCGCAACGAUGGCAGCUUCUCAGGCAUCUCUGACGUCAGAACUGAAGGAGCUGCAAGAUCUUGUGAGCAGUAUGCGCAAAGACCUGUCGACGGCUGCUGAGGAUCUUAAGACACAGUCGACGAAGGCCGAGGCUGACAAGCGUAGACGCGUCCAAAGCGAGAAAAAGGUGGCGGAGUUGAAGAAGCGUCUCGACGAGAUGCGCGAAAAGCACCACGAAAGUUUUGAAAUGUUGCGUCAAGAAAAAGAGGCUGAGCUGGAACGUGUUGCUACUGAGCGCCGUGCGUUGAUCAAAAUGAAGAAAGAGCUGUCACGGGAAAAGGACAAGCUUCAGGCUCGGUGCCAAGCACUGGAGCUUGACUUGGAGGUCAGACGCAAGCACGAAGAAGAGCUGGAAACUGUUGUGCGUGACAAGACACUCGAAGUGGGCAACGUGAGCGCAGAAUUGGCCGAGACGAAAAAGUCACUGUCUGAUCGCAUGGCUCUGGCGACGAGAUUGCAGACUGAAAACAUGGACAUGGCUAGUAAGCUAGCAGAGCAAGUGGUUCUCAUUGAGGGUGCACUGCGCGAUGCAGCGAGCAGCAAGGCUGCGCAACGCGAAAUGGAAGCUCAGGUGCAAGUCGCACGGGGCGACAUGCAGCGCAUGGAACAAAGCGAGGCCAAGUCCAGACAGGAUCUGGAUGUUGUACAGCGUGACAUGGCCAAACGAGAAGAGAGCUUUCAGGCUGAGCGGGAGGAAGCCAAAAAAGCAUUGCAGACUGCCGUACAGAAGGAAAGACAAACGUACAAACGUGAGCUGCAGCGCCUCGAAGCUGAGAGCAAACACAAGUCAAAGCUGGCUUUGCAAGCAGUUUUGGAGAAGGAGACGGAGGUUGCGCGUCUUAGUGCACGCCUGCACGAGUUAGAGGAGGACGUUCGCUCGGGCGGUGCGGACAACCGCAAAAUCCUCGAGUUUGCCCAGCUGCAAGCGAAGCGGGAAGCUGAGGCAAGAGAGCAAGCAGCACAGAUGCAUGCGCUGUCUGAACAGCUCGAGGGGGCUCAUCGUGAGUUGCAAGAAUUGCGUGAGGGCAAGCGGCGUCAUACUGAGGAACUCACAGCAAUGCUGCAGAAUCAGCGGCGUGACGGUGUCAACAUGGAGUACCUGAAGAACGUGGUCGUGCAAUACAUGUCCUUCCGACCAGGCUCUUCCGAACAGGCACGACUUGUACCGGUGUUGUCGACACUGCUCCAAUUCACGGCUGCUGAUGUGAAAGGGGUCAAACACGCAUCGUGCCGGGGCAGCGGCUGGACAUCGUGGGGAAGCAGUGACGCUGGUCUCGAUUACAAACCCGUUGUCGUCAACGCUGGCCAUCAUUACCCGACGGCUUCGAACCCAUCGAUAACACAAGACGGCGGCGAGCGGAGGCCCUCAUCCAGCAGAAAGACCUCUGCUCUAGCAUCCCAUGGGUCGUUACCGUCGCCGUCGUUUCCACCGCCGUUUAGAGCGCCUAGCUUCUUCUUGCCGGACGGCGAUGCCGAUGAGCGCGCGGAUCCGUCUGCAGAGAGCGCUGACUUCUAA